ACCGCGUCUGAUUUGUGUGUGUGUGUAUAUAUAUAUAUAUAUAUGUAUGUAAGGGAAUUGAAGUGGGUGUUCCAUCAUUUCCAUUAUAAUUAACAUAGCCACUGUUACUACUGUAUCCAAGCUUAUAUAUACAUAUAUAUAUAUAUAGAGAGAGAGAGAGAGAGUUAAGUACUUGUAAUGGAUACUAGUUUUCUGGUGAUGAGUUUCUUCUCCUUCUUCUUCAUGUUGUUUGUGUUGAGUGAAUGGGAAAUGGCGGCGGCUGCACCGCCGGCGGCCGGAUACGUGUUCGGAGACUCACUGGUGGACGUCGGCAACAACAACUUCCUUGCUAUAUCCGUUGCCAAGGCUAAUUUUCCGCACAACGGCGUCGAUUUUCCUACCGGAAAACCCACUGGAAGGUUCAGUAAUGGCAAGAAUGCUGCUGAUUUUAUUGCUGAAAAAGUGGGCUUACCGACGUCACCGCCGUAUCUCUCGCCGGGAACCAAAAACAACGUCUCCGCUUUCUUAACUGGUGUUAGCUUUGCCUCUGGUGGUGCAGGAAUCUUCAAUGGCACAGACCAAGUUUUUGGGCAAUCGAUACCGUUGUCGAAACAAGUAGGUAAUUAUAUUUCUGUUUAUGGUGCUUUGGUGGAGCGGCUGGGAUCCUCUGCUACGCACACACACCUUUCUAAAUCGCUCUUCACCAUUGUGGUCGGUAGCAAUGACAUCUUUGACUACUUUGGAUCGUCCGAUCUCCGCAAGAAGAAUACCCCACAGCAAUAUGUGGAUCUAAUGGUCAUCAAACUAAAAGAGCAAUUAAAGAGACUAUAUGAUUAUGGUGGUCGUAAAUUUCUUGUUGCUGGACUUGGAGUAAUAGGCUGCAUUCCCGCGCAAAGAGUAAAGAUCCCAACUCACGAAUGUAAUGAAGAAGUAAACCAUUGGUGCAUUCAAUACAAUGAAAGAUUAAGGUCAAUGUUACAAGAAUUGAAGUCACAGCUCCACGACAUCAAUUAUUCAUACUUCAACACUUACAAUAUAUUAAACAAUAUUAUUCAAAAAUCAUCUACCUUCGGGUUCAAUGAGGUUAACUCGGCUUGUUGUGGACUUGGAGAAUUGAGAGCUAAGGUUCCUUGCAUACCUAUUUCUAAAUUUUGUUCGAACAGAAAAAACCACGUCUUUUGGGAUCUUUACCACCCAACAGAAGCAGCUUCCCGUAUUUUGGUUGAUACUAUUUUUAUUAGUUCUUCGCAAGAUAUAUUUCCAAUGAAUCUACAACAAUUAAUUAAUAUAUAAGAUGUAAGCUCUAUGUAAUUAGAUAAAUUUUUAUAAAUAAUUAAUUAUUUGAGUG